ACAGAUUCUCAGAGACACACAGCAGACCUCCAGGAUGCUUCAUAUGAGGGUCAAAUGGUGCCUCGGCUUUCAGUCUUGUGCCUUCAAUGUCCUGGUUAUUUACCUCGCCUUGAUACACAGAAGUAAAGGUGAAUCUCAGGUGAUUUGUCCAUCUGAUCCGAUAGUGGCAACAGUUGGUAAUGACAUCAUUUUUCUGUGCCGCCUGGAACCCCCCAUAAGUGCUGUGGGGAUGACAGUGGAGUGGGCGAGACCUGACCUGGACCCCAGAUUUGUCUUUGUGUGGCGUGAUGGAGUGGAACUGGAGAGUAAAAAACAUCUGUCCUUCAAGGGAAGAACAUCAGUGUUCAUUGAUGAGCUGAAAAAUGGAAACAUUUCACUAAAACUGUCAAAAGUGAAACUCUCUGAUCAGGGAACAUACAGAUGCCUCAUUCCACAAUUACUUAAAGACUCUACUAUUAAGCUUGAUGUUGGUGCUGUCUCCUCACCUGUUGUAAGUAUGACCAGAAACAGCAGCGUGGUGGUGUUACAGUGUGAGUCUAAAGGCUGGUAUCCAGAGCCUGAGUUGUUCUGGUUGGAUGGUGAGAGAAACCUCCUCUCUGCUGAAACUACAGAGACAGUCAGAGGUCCUGAUGGUAUCUAUACUGUCAGCAGCAGAGUGACUGUGGAGAAGAGACACAACAACAACUUCACCUGUAAAGUUCAACAGACAAAGAUCAACCAGACCAGAGAGACCUACAUUAUUGUUCCAGAUGAUUUCUUCCCAGUCCCAGACCUGCCUGGUUCUACAUCCAGUUCAUCUGUUCCUACCAUCAUUGGCGUGAUUGUUGGCAUCAUCUUUAUUCUUGCAGUUGUUCUUGUCGUGUGGAAAUGGAGACAAAACAAACUCAAGAACAAGAAAAACAACGAGGAUGAAGAAACACAGAGAAUGAGAGAGAAAAGCAACUCCACAAGUAACGAUCCAGAAAAAGAAUCCCUGAUAAAAACCGAGAGAGAAAGAGAGAUGAUGAAGAAUGAGGACAAGAAGAUGAACUCCUUAAGUGAAGAAACAAAACUUCAAUGUGCAACAGAGAAUGAAACACACCAAAGAGAAACUAACAAUGUUCUGGUCCAGACACAAGAAGGAACACUGCAACAAUCUGUUAGUGAAGAAGCAAACCUUCCUGUUCCAGUAAAACAAGAAACAGACCAACUACUGAAAGAAGGAAAGAUAAAAACUGGUUUGGACAAGAGAGAAGAAAAGACUGAACCAACAAGUAAAGGAGCAGAAUCUACAGGUUCAGCAGAAACAUGCCAAAAACAGUCAGAGCAACAGUCUAUAAAUAAUGAUGGAGAAGGACAACCAGUGGGUAUCAUAGCAGGAGAAGUAAAGAAAAAUGAGGAAGAUGAAGAAAAGAAAACACAAUCUACAACUAAAGCAGAAAAAGAGAAGGAGACAGAAAUGGACAAAGAGAGGGAAAAACUUCCGAAACAACUACAGAAAAAAGAAAGAGAAGAGAAAAAAUUUGAAGGAAAGAUUUCUAGAUAUAAUAGACUUAUGAAGGAACAAGAAGAACAGAUAAACCAACUCAGAGCACAGUUGGAGGAGGUGGAGAAGAAGCUUCAGUCAGUAAACAGUGAAGAAGACGACGCAGAAACACAGAAAGUAGCAGCAGCAGAAGAAAAAUGUGCAAAGAAUGAUCUGGAGAAGAAGAAGGCAGAACUUCAGAAAGACUUACAAAAAUUAGAGGAUGGACUACAGAGAAACAAGAGUGCUUUAAAUACUGCAACAGGAAAGAAAAUGAAAAUAACAAAUGAAAAGAAGGAGAGUCAGAAUGAUUCAGACGAGGAUCUUUGA